AUGGAGGCCCUCUACCCGGAUUUCGAUCCCUUUCUCGAUGCUCCUGAAUCGAAUCUCACUUCUCUCGAGGCGCGCGCUACUCUCAACAUUCGUAACAAGGUUGGUAUCUCCGUAGUGUUUUUGAUAUGUGUUUUUGAAUAUACUGACAUCUGCCUUCAAGGAUGGCUAUCUAUGUUGCCCUGUCCGUGGCCAGCCAGGAUGGAAGGCUGCUCGUCCUGAUGACAUCGCCUGGGGAAUAUCACGCAUCAAGUCCCACGAUAUCUGUGGUGUCAAUGCUCAUGCACGUGUUCGUUUGACGUGUAAAUUUCGAUCUGCUAUCUAUCUCUGCAAUGAGGUGAGACCAGUGUAUCCAGACUAGCUUUAAUAUGUUCCUUAGCUAACGGUCCAUAGACAGAAUCCUUACGCAAUCUUUCCGAAGUGCGAUUACAUCGCUACUUACGCCGAGGACUUGGUGGAGAACUGUACCUAUCGAAGAUCUCAACAGAUUUGUGGCCAGGAGUUUGACUCGGAUAAAUGUACGUUACUCUUUCUUUGUGUUCUUGAGGGAGAAUGUGAGGAAGUAAUAACUGACUUUGGUGUUAGACAAUGUGGUAAUCCAUACAACGGAUUGCGUUUUCAGGGAAGAAGAAACAUAUACAUCAUGA